CAGCUGGGGCCGUCCAUGAAUAAGUAAACAGUCUUCCCGAAGCCCUGCAUGGGCCUCCGGUGGGGGUAGAAGGUUGGUGCUGUGUGAGUGGCCUGGGCUGGCCUGUCUGAUCCACCAGAAUGCCCGUCCCAGCUUUUUAGAAACGACCCAUCACACCUGAAGCCUGUGGGUCCAGAAGACACAUUUGGCAGAUCCAACAUUUGGCAGACCCACCUGGGAGUUUCCCCUUCCUGUCCUGAGACCAGGAACCCAGCUGUGGAACUUAGGAGGAUGGACAGGAGUGUGCCACCCAGGGAACGCGUCGCCUGACACCCCAAUAUGCAGCUCUUCCCACAAGGGCCCAGCAACUGGACAAGGUGAAAGCAGAGUGUGCUCGGCUUAGCCACGCGAUCACCACAGUGACCAGAGAGCGCGAUUCGGCCGUGAAGGAUAGACACCAGCUCCAAGCCAAGCUGGAGAGCCUGGAAGAGGUCCUCAAGCACAUGCGAGAGGCUGCUGAACGGCGGCAGCAGCUGGAAUUGGAGCAUGAGCAAGCCCUGGCUGUUCUCAACGCAAAACAGCAGGAGAUCGACCUUCUGCAGAAGGCUCAGGUUGAAGCUAAGAAGGAACAUGAAGGUGCCGUGCAGCUGCUAGAGUGCAAGGUGCGGGAGCUGGAGGAGAAGUGCCGGGCGCAGAGCGAACAGUUCCGCCUGCUGUCGCGGGACCUGCACAAGUUCCGGCAGCACGCGGCUCACGUUGACCUGCUGGGUGGCAGCCUCGGGGCCUCCACGGACGUCCCCUCAACCCCCAGCAAGCCUUUGCCACAGCUCGUGAAUGGAAUAGCGCCCUCCAUCGGCACAGGUCAGGAGAGCUCCGUAGGAAGCCGCACUGCAAUUGGUGAAUAUAUCCGGUCCCUCCCACUCCCUGGUGACAAGCCGGAGCCUCUGUCUGUCAAACCCACGUAUCUGUCAAGAUCCAGGAGUCUAAGAUGCAGAUUUGAGUUAGAGAUGGACAAUGAACGGGACUCCAACACCUCCAAGCAGAGGUGCUCGGGGAAGGUGCACCUGUGUGUCGCCCGCUACAGUUACAACCCCUUCGACGGGCCGAAUGAGAACCCAGAGGCCGAGCUGCCCCUCACGGCGGGGAAAUACCUCUACAUCUAUGGGGACAUGGAUGAAGAUGGUUUCUAUGAAGGCGAGCUGCUGGAUGGGCAGAGGGGUCUGGUGCCCUCCAACUUUGUGGAUUUUGUUCAAGACAAUGAGGCUCGCUUCAGCACGCUGGGGCCUGAACAGGAUCGGAGCUUCAUCAACCGUCCUGGCAUCGGCCUGGAGGGGGAGAACAUUCUGGACCUGCACUCCCCACCUCGCCUGGACGCCGGCGUCACUGACAAUGGUGUGGGGACGCUGGACGUGAGCGUGGAUGACAUUGGAGAAGACGUCGUGCCUUACCCUAGGAAAAUCACCCUCAUCAAACAACUUGCCAAAAGUGUCAUUGUGGGCUGGGAACCGCCGGUGGUGCCGCCGGGCUGGGGGGCUGUGAGCAGCUACACCGUGCUCGUGGACCAGGAGCCACGCCGCAGCCUCACGCCGGCCGGCAGGACCAAGGCCCUCGUGGAGAAGCUCAACAUGGCGGCCCGCACCUACCGCGUGUCCGUGCAGUGCGUCACGAGCAGGGGCAGCUCAGAUCAGCUGCAGUGCACGCUGCUGGUGGGCAAGGAUGUGGUGGUGGCCCCUUCGCACCUGAGGGUGGACAGCAUCACACAGACCUCCGCCCAGCUGUCCUGGAUGCCCAGCAACAGUAACUACAGCCACGUGGUCUUCCUGGACGAGCAGGAGCUGGAUGUGGUCAAGGCCGCCAGCUACAAGUACCAGCUGUGGGACCUCAGGCCCAACACGGCCCACAAGGUGAAGGUCCUGGCCAGGCCCCACCAGGUGCCGUGGCAGCUUCCCCUGGAGCAGAGGGAGAAGAAGGAGGCUGUCGUAGAGUUCUCCACGCUGCCUGCAGGUCCUCCGGCUUCCCCACAGGAUGUCACCGUCCAACCUGGGGCCACCCCAGCGAUGGUCCACGUCUCCUGGAAGCCGCCCGCCCUGACCACCACCGGGCUGUCCAACGGAGCCACCGUGACGGGCUAUGGCGUGUACGCCAAGGGGCAGCGGGUGGCUGAGGUCAUCGCCCCCACGGCGGACGGCACGGCCGUGGAGGUCGUGCGGCUACGGAGCCUGGACGCCAGGGGUGUGACCGUGCGGACCCUCUCUGCACAGGGCGAGUCUGCGGACUCUGCCAUCGCUGCCAUUCCCCCCGACCUCCUGGUGCCUCCAGCCCCUCCGAGAACGCCCACCCCGAAGCCAUUAGCAAGUGCCGGAGUCCCUGAUACCAAAGAUGACCACCUGGGUCCCCACGUCCGAGUGGACGAGGCCUGGGAGCAGAGCCGAGCGCCGGCCCCCGCCCAUGGGCACAUGCUGGCGCCGCCUGGCCUGGGCCCCGGGAGGCGCUCGCCGUCACCCAGCCGCGUCCUCCCUCAGCCACAGGGGACCCCGGUGUCCACCUCUGUCGCCAAGGCCAUGGCCCGGGAAGCUGCCCAGAGAGUGGCCGAGAGCAGCAGGUUAGAGACAAGGAGCGUCUUCCUGGAGAGGGGCGGGCAGUAUGCAAACUCCGACGAGGAGGAUGGCUACGAGUCCCCCGACAUCAAGAGGAGGGGCACGUCAGUGGACGAAUUCCUGAAAGGUUCUGAGCUUGGCAAGCCGCCGCACUGUUGCCAUGGAGACGAGUACCACACAGAGAGCAGCCGGGGGUCUGACCUCUCGGACAUUAUGGAAGAGGAUGAGGAGGAGUUGUGCUCGGAGAUGCAGCUGGAGGAGGGGGGCCGGCGGCGGCCCAGCGGCACGUCCCACAACGCCCUCAAGCAGUGCUAUAAGAAUAGAACCCCCGAAGCUUUCCCGGAGCCGCCUGAGGGCCCCCCCCAGCACAGCACGAGACUGUUCAGUAUCCCGGAAGUAGCAGAGGAGGACGCGGAGCACUACGAGUCCGCGCACAGACAGGGCUUAGGGCACCCCUGCAGGCCCAGGGGCCAGGGCUCCCGGUUCCCCGCCAAACCCAGGGGCCCCACGGCCAGCACCCACGCCGAGGACUUCCUGCUCGAAGACAGAGGCUGUCGCUUUGGCCGCUCGGCCACCAGGAGCCCCGACAGUGGCCUGGACUGUGGCAGUGAAGAGGAGGAGCUGCGGUUCAGCUUCCGGAGCUCGGCCGCCCAGAGCAGCCCAGGCCCCGGGCCCUGCCCCUGUCGCAGUCUGAGGCCCCUGCUGGCCCGGCGGCGGACGCUGACCCGGCAGAGCAGCAUCGAAGAGGACUUUGGGGAGCAGGUGGACCCCAGUCACGUCGUCAGGAGCGACGAUGCCCCCCGGAGCCCGGAGAGCUCUGCCCCCAGGAAGUAUGGCUGGGACGAGCCCGCGGGUCCGGAGGACUUCCGGGAUGUCUGGAAGAAAAGCACAAAAACGCCCGACAGUAGGGCACCUGCCCAACACGCACAGGCAUCUCCCCGCGUGGCAGAAGGCCCUUUGAUUUUAGGAAACCCAGCGUCUGCAGGACGGGCUGACAGGGCAGACCACGCGGGCCGGCGCUUUCCCCACGGCAGUGCUGGCACUCAGAGGUCCCGGCCGAUGAUGGUCCCGGCCAUCGAUGAAUACAGCCGAGACCGGCUGUCGCCAGAUUUCUAUGAAGAGUCGGAGACUGACCCCGGUGCCGAGGAGCCCGUGGCCCGGGUCUUCGUGGCCCUGUUUGAUUAUGACCCUCUAAGCAUGUCCCCAAAUCCCGAUGCUGCAGAAGAGGAACUGCCCUUUAAAGAGGGGCAGAUCAUCAAGGUUUACGGUGACAAAGAUGCGGAUGGCUUCUAUCGCGGGGAGACCUGUGCCCGGCUCGGCCUCAUCCCCUGUAACAUGGUCUCUGAGAUCCAAGCCGACGACGACGAGAUGAUGGAACAGCUGCUCAGACAGGGCUUCCUCCCUCUCAGCACACCUGUGGAGAAAAUAGAGAGGACCAGGAGGAGUGGCCGGCAGCCGUCGGUGUGCACACGCAGGAUGGUGGCCCUGUACGACUACGAUCCGAGAGAGAGCUCACCCAACAUCGACGUCCAGGCUGAACUGACAUUUUGCACGGGAGAUAUUAUAACUGUCUUUGGUGAAAUCGAUGAAGAUGGAUUUUAUUAUGGCGAGCUUAAUGGGCAGAAGGGCCUCGUACCCUCCAACUUCCUAGAAGAAGUGCCUGAUGACGUUGAAGUCUACCUUUCUGACGCCCCGUCCCACGGCUCACGAGACACGCCGACGCGUUCAAAGGCUAAAAGGGUCCCUCCUGAGGGUGCAGGUACAGCAAGGACAGCGCCAUCCCCCACAGCCCACCUCCAUUCGGGGUCACCUGCGUCACCUAUGGGUACUGGUAGUCCUGGGAGAGGCAGGGAAGUCUCCUCGAAAAAGAAAAAGGGGCUGCUUUUCAGAGGCAAGAGACUCCUGCAAAAGCUGGGGGCAGCGAAGUGAUUCACGUGCCUCCAACAACUUCCGCAUCUGUCGUUGUCUUUAGUUCCAAACUAGGGCUUUCACGACGCAAGGACUUCCUAAAACCCAUGUCCCCUGACACAGCAGAGAAGUGUUCUCUCUGCACCAUCGCUUUACGCCACCUGCCAGGGCAGGGUGGCUGGCGCUCUUGUUCGGCCUGAGCCGUCCUCGUAAUGCCGAGGUCUGUCGACAGGUGGGGUCUCACGAACAAACGGGGGGCCAGUCACUCCUGGCAGCUCACCCCUACCUGUGAUUCCAGUCUCUGCAUUUGUCAUCUGCCCUUAAAAGAAUGGUUUCAGCCUCGUCCCUGUGCAAAUGCUUCCCUCGUAAUGCAUAACUCACUCACCUCUGGUCUUGAAAUUCCUAGUCGAACGGCCUUGGUGGGAUUCUGCCUUAUAAAUGCACAGUGAGCUGUACGGUCUAAUAAAGGCUUCAGUGUCCACGUGUGUGUGUGUUUAGUGUGCUCCAUGCUCUCACACAGGGCUCAAACCGACCGGCACACGCUGAGUCUUAAGGUCCUGGUUUGACGUCCUUCACAGCCAGCCAGGCGGUACAGAACGUUUACUUACUCAGACCAGUCGAAACAGACGACAGAAAGUAACCUGGUUUGGGAAAUCCCACCCCUCCAGCCUGCCAGAGAGCUAGUAACACUCCUUGCUCUGAGUGUGCGUUUUGUGGCAUGUUGGGUUUCUGUUCCUUUCAUUACCUGUCAAAAUGCCAUAACAAAUACUCAACAGUGAGUAGCACACAGGAAAAACAGUCCACAAGCAUAAGCCCCACCCCACACCCCACACCGAGGUCCGACGGCUCCAUAGCCACCGUCACAGGCACUUGAACAAAAGACAGAGUCGCUGGCAGAUGUGUUGGAUGAUGACUAUUUUGUAAUUCUUGUCCACUUGUAAACUUUUUAUUCUUUAUACACACUUUCCAGACUGCCUUUCUUUUGUAAUUUAUGGAAGGUUUAUAAAUGAAUGACGAAGUUUCCCCCACUUGUUUUCAACCACUAGGUUGUAAAUUGUACUAUAAUAGUGUGUGGUAGAUCUAUUAAAAGGAGAUUCCUCGAUGUGUGGCUAAGAGCUGUGUGGGUGUGUGCAUGUGUACAGUUAGUGUAAAACCUUUUAUACAAAUAAACUUGUUAUUUUGUA